GUUUUCUUCUCCAACUUCCUAAACUACCAAAAGACCAGACCACCAAAACCCAACAAACGCUUAAUCAUUCCAGAAUAAAUUAGAAAUGGAAACGACGUCUGACAACACACUUUUCGCCAUCUGCCUUACAUUCCCUAUAUUCAUAGCGACGAUACUAUUCAUCUGCGUAAAAAUAGAACAUGGAAAUGAUAUUAUCAAUGCAGAGGCCAAGGAACGAAAACGUAUAAUUUCGCAAUUACUGCAUCUCGGACCGCAUAGAUUGCGAGGAAUUUGUGAGGGAGAAGGUGUUGAGUUUAUGAUUAGGAGUGAGGAUGAAGGAGUUGCUGCUGUUGGUGCUGGAGAGGGAGAGGAUAGCAGAGACGAACUCCGAAUCAUCUCGGAACAAAUAUCACAAUACGUGCGAGCCCAGUUGCGAACGGAAUUGAGAUUGAAAAUGGAAGGGGAUGUGAGAAGGGAUGUUGGGAGGGAGUUGAAGGGGGAGAUUAGAGCGGAGAUGAAGAGGAGUGGGGGGGAGGUUGGGUUGAUUGCUGAGGCGGUUGCGGAUAUUAGGGAGGAGGUUAGACGGGAGGUUCAGCAGAGAUUGAGGAGAGAGAUGGCGAGGGAUGUGAGGAGAGUGAUUGAUGCGGAGAAAAAGGAAUUGGAGGUGAAGUUGAGGCGAGAGAUGAAGAUGGAGGAGAGAAUGGCUGAGGUCGAGAAGAAAGUCAAGGCGCAGACUGCAGAAAAGGACACGAAGAAGGGAAGUGAGAGUGGAGGUGGAGGUGGUAGUGAGGAAGUUAUGAUGUCGAAAGUGACUACGCAGGAGGAAAAUGGGGAUGGAAUUGGUAGUGCGGAGAUGAUGUUUUCAAAGACGACCACACAGAGUGUUGUUGCAAGGACGAAGACGAGAUAGGCAGUUUGCGAGAAAUACUGCUCAGAAGACUGGGGUAUGUCUCGUCACUACUACAUUCCUGUCUGGUGUUAUUUAAUGAAACCAGCAGUAGGGAUGCAAGUAUUGGUUGGGCAAAUUUGGAUCGUGGGUGUAACGGAGAGAAAUUUAGAUAAGUCCUAUUAGAUGUAGAGGGAUGUUCACUCAAACAAGUAUGAGGAUAAAUUUCCCCUUAUAUUUUAAUACAUAUCCCA